AUGGAUUCACCAACUACAAGUGUAGUUUCUUCAUUUCUUGAGGCUGCCUAUGAGGGCGAUAUCAACCGCAUGAAGGAUCUGUUGUCUAGCAACUCUGAUCUGUCUGUUAAUGUUCAAGACUAUGAUAAGAGGACUCCUCUUCAUUUGGCUGCUGCUGGUGGUCAUAUGGCGGCUAUCAUCUACUUGUUAGGUGAAGGAGCUCAGCUGAAGACUGAUCGUUUCGGCAUGCUUCCUAUCCAUGAUGCCGUGGUGAACCAGCACAACGACAUCAAGGAAGUGCUCAGUCAGCUCGACCUCAAGUGUGACGGUGGUGUGUGUUAUCUCUCCCCUGAGAAUGAGGAAGCUUUGAAGGAGCAGGUGAAGAACACUAACAUCUCUCUGACCCCUGAGGAUUUGGAAACUAAGAUGACUCAGGUCUUCUCUAUCAUCAUCAAGGAAGGUGUACUCGCUGCCGGCUCUCUUUGGCAAGAGAUUGUUUACUACUUUGCUGAGCUCGGCCUUCACCCCAGCUACUUCAAGCACUUCACCAGUGCUCAGAUUGCCAGACACCUUCAUUGCCUUAUCGCUGCUAAGAAGGUUGCUCAGGCUACUGAGUCUGACUAUAUCCAUUUCGAGAUUGAGGAUGCGGAUUCGGCUUUCUAUCUCACCACUAUGGAGCCUGAGAAGGUCGCCAUCACUGAUGCCAAGGUUGCCGAGUACAUCAACACUGCUCAGGAUUGUGGCUUCUCGGUCACCUUCCUCAAGUCUGAGAAGCCUCCCAUGCCUGAAGGAAAGUUCCCUCUUGGCGUCUUUGUUGUUGAUAAACAACAGUUUGACUCCAGUGUCAAGUUCGAGGAAAUGAUGGAUGAGACCGAUCUCCAUCUUGUGGCUACCCCUCGAUUCCUUCAGGAGAGAUCUGUUGAAGUACAGAAGCUUUACCAGACUCUCAUUGAUGAGACCAUGGCUACUCGAAACACUGUUGUUAAGGUGUUCGAUGCUCCUACUAACUUGGCUCAGAAGUCCGGCGCCCAAGUGUUGCAGCUUGCUGCCUUCGAUGUGGAUCGUAAGGGAAGUGCUUACAUCUCUGAGAUCAACGAAUGCUUCCGUUCCCAUAAUGUCGAGCCUAAGAGGUUCUAUGUAGAUUCCUUCGCCAACGGUGUUGUCACCUACACCUGUUUCUUCGACCCUACUUUCCAGGGUGAGGCUUUGGAGAAGCUCGCGCAGACUCUCCGUUAUGUGAGCCACUUCAAGCAUAACUCGAGGAAGUCCGCAUUGGUGUGGGAACUUGUACUCAACAAUAUGAUCACGCCCGAGCAUGCUAUCUUCCUUAUUACUGCUGCCAAGUUCAUCUUCUCUUUCUUCCCCAAGGAGACUGAGGAGUAUCUUGCUUUGGCUGAUUAUUUCAAGAGUGAUCCGUCCAAGAAGAGUGAGUUGGAUAGUUUAUUCAGAGAUACCAUGGCUAAUGCUAUCACCUAUGAGAGGAUCUAUGAUGCUCUUACUUCUAACCAUGAGCUCACUCUACCCAUGUUCGACGACUUCAAGAAGGUCGCCACUGGUCUCUCCAAGCCCUUCUACAAUCAGAAGUUGGCUGACAAGGUUGACGAUCAAGUUGGAUCUCGUUUUGAUGCGAAGAUCUUGAAGACUUUGUUGAAACUCAGUGCUCAUCUGCAGAUGACUAACUUCUUCAAGGCUGGUACAGCUUCUGCCAUUGCAAUGAGGUUUGAUGGUGAGGUCCUGGCCGAUCGUCCGAGGACUCUCUUCCCCAGGAUCCCUUAUGCUGUUUAUCUGGUCGUUGGCAGAAGCUUCUACGGCUUCCACAUCCGAUUCACUGAGAUCGCUCGUGGUGGUAUCAGGCUCAUUCUAUCCAGGAACAGACAGGUGUACAAGAAGAACUGCGCUACUUUGUUGGAGGAAAACUACAACUUGGCCUUCACUCAGCAGUUAAAGAACAAGGAUAUUCCUGAGGGCGGCUCGAAGGGUACCAUCCUCAUGGAUAUGGACUCUCAGAACUUGAAGACAAGCGGUCGUGAUGCUUUCAAUAGCUAUGUUGAUGCUCUUCUCGAUUGCAUCCUUGCCAAGGAGACCGGCCUCUACUCCAACCUUUCCAAGCCUGAAAUGCUCUUCUUCGGCCCCGAUGAGAAUACUGCUGGAUUCAUGAAAUUGGGUGCUUUGAGAGCCAAGGCUCGUGGUUACAAAUACUGGAAGUCUCUAACUACCGGUAAAUCUGCCGUCCUUGGUGGUAUUCCCCAUGACAAGUACGCCAUGACCACCAACUCUAUCCAUCCAUACGUUGUCGAGCUCUUGACUAAGCUGGAGAUGGAGUACUUCUCUGCUGAUCUCUUCAUCCCUUGUGGUGGUCGUCCCGGUACUAUUAACAUUGGUAAUGUUGAUAAGACCAUGUUCAAUCCUGAGACUAAGGAGCUCAAGUUCAAGUAUGUUGUGGAGGGUGCAAACUUAUUCUUGACCGAUGAUGCUCGUCGAUAUCUUGAGGAUGCUGGUGUCCAGCUAUUCAAGGAUGCUUCCACUAACAAGGGUGGUGUUACUUCUAGCAGUAUGGAGGUGUUCGCUGCUCUUUGCAUGGAUACGGCUGAUCAUGACGAGUUCCUUUGCGCUCGUGAUGAGACUAGUGCUCCUCCUGAGUUCUACGAACAGUACGUACAGGAGAUCCUUGCCGCUGUUCGCCAUAAUGCCAAGAUGGAGUUCAAUGGCAUCUGGAAGACUAACCACGAGGUGAAGUAUCCUGAUGGAUCAAGGUAUAUUCGUAAGACUGAUGCCACCAUCUUAUUGUCUAAGAAGAUCAACGACAUGCAGUCUUACAUCCUUGGCGUACUCGAGGAACACGACCCUGAGAAUGACUGGAUGGUUCGUGCUGUUCUCAGACGUUGUGUGCCCAGAUUGCUUCUUGUUCAUUGUGGUUUGGAUAAGAUCGUCGAGAACACCCCCGAGGCUUAUCUCAAUGCUAUGGUUGCUACUUGGAUUGCUGACGAAUUUGUCUACUCUAACGGUCUGAAGACGAGCGAGUUCGCCUUUUUCCAGUUCAUGCGCUCACUAGAGGAGAAGUCCGAAGGUGAGGUUACCCCUUCUACUAUGUAA